GGCUCUUCGACACCCGUGCCGGUUUCGCUCGGUUCAGUAAGAAUUUUCCCUUUCGUGCGAUAGCUUUGGUUAGUGUCCCCAUUGGCAAACCUUUCCAGAAGCAAUUGUAGGCAGUAGUGUUUUUGCAAAUAUUACCAGGCAAAAACGAAACUGUACUGCAGUUUUCCUUUGUGUACGGCAAUAGCUUAGUCGAUUUACUGCGGUCCGGUCCGGUUCGGUGAUUGUAUGUGUUUCCAGAGAAAAAUAUUAGUCAAUAAUUUCCGAAACCGAUUGAUAAUAUUGGUGCUACUUGAGUGAUGAUGCAUGCCAGUCUCUAUUGACGAUCAAGUUCUAGGAUCAAGCGAGCUCUGUCCUUCACACAUCGUUGAAUUCUCAUUCUGAAUCAGUGUCGGUUGUCAGUUCUAAUCAGUCAUUCUGCGGAACUGAACUUUCACGCAAAUCCCCAUGACCGAUGGUAAUUGCUAGUGCCACGUACACCUAAACGAAUGGAAGAACGGAAAGAAGGCUUAAACAUUUUCAUCCUAGACGGUACCGAUUCGCCACGAACAACUCCUGCUGCCAUCAGUAACGGAGAAGUGCAGAAUGAAUACGAUGAGUCCGCACCGCGCAUCUCACCCACUUCCCUGCCGAUGCAGCUUCCGGGAAAAUCAUUGCCCACACUAGUGGGAAUCAAUGGAUUCGAUAUUAGCGUAUCGAAGCAGGCCAGCCAGUUGCAAAUAGUUGACACUUACUCCGAUGGCAUACAAAUGAAUCCACUUGCCACCGUCGGUGGAGACCCGAUAGGAGAUGCCCAUGUACGGAAUUGCUGUAGGACAGUCGAUAAUAACAACAGAGAAUCGUUGGUUUGUGAUGAAGACUGCUUUCCGCAGAACGAAAUUUUAGAUGAUCCCCAUUUCAGUGAUUUGGUGUACUCGGCAGAGAUCGCCAUCGAUGCCGGUAUCUACCCGGAACGAAUCUACCAAGGAAGCAGUGGUUCCUACUUCGUUAAAAAUCCAGCUAAUAAAGUAGUCGCUGUUUUCAAACCAAAAGACGAAGAACCUUAUGGAAGGCUUAACCCCAAAUGGACGAAGUGGAUGCAUAAGCUAUGCUGCCCAUGCUGCUUCGGACGAGCAUGUCUUAUACCUAAUCAAGGCUACUUAUCGGAAGCAGGAGCUAGCUUAGUAGAUCAAAAGUUGAAUCUAAACAUUGUACCGAAAACUCGCGUUGUUCGGUUAGUCUCGGAAACGUUUAACUAUCCCCGCCUCGAUCGCCAGAAAGCGCGUAUAAAGAAAACCAUCAAAGAGCGAAUACCAGCGGCUCGUUUCAAUCGGAUGAGUCUGCCUCCGAAAACGGGCUCCUUUCAGCUUUUCGUGGACAGUUACAAAGAUGCCGAUUACUGGUUGCGACGAUUCGAGCAGGAACCUCUUCCGACUCGGUUAGCACAGAAAUUUCAACUCCAGUUCGAACGACUGGUUGUGCUGGAUUACAUCAUUCGGAACACCGAUCGAGGCAACGACAAUUGGCUUAUCAAAUACGAACAACCAACGAUAAUUUCGCCCAGUAAUGGCAGUACACCGAACGGAAUACCCCGCAGCAAUAGUCGCUUGGAAAUGACCGAGAACACCGAUUGGAACCUGGUACAACUGCCGGAGAUAAGGAUUGCUGCUAUCGAUAAUGGGUUGGCGUUUCCGUUCAAACAUCCCGACUCCUGGCGGGCGUAUCCGUACCAUUGGGCAUGGCUCCCGCAGGCGAAAGUACCCUUCAGUCAGGAUAUCAAGGACCUAAUUUUACCCUCGCUGUCGGAUCUAAACUUUGUCGAGGAACUGUGCAAUGAGCUGUUCGAAUUGUUCAAACAGGACAAGGGUUUCGACCGGGGUCUUUUCGAACGGCAAAUGUCUGUGAUGCGCGGCCAGAUUCUGAAUCUGACGCAAGCUUUAAAGGACGGCAAGAGUCCGGUACAGCUCGUGCAGAUGCCAGCUGUUAUUGUUGAACGAUCAAAAGUGAAUCCCGGAUCGGCGAGGUUUUUCUCAUUCCAACAGCGCUUCCAAAACAAAAGUCCUUUCUUCUCCUGGUGUUAAAAGUUUCUAUUACUGACGUAACAUCGACUGGACUAAUGUAUGUAAGUACCAACAGAAAUUGAGAGUAAAGUUGCUAAGGGGAAUUGCACGUUAUAAGUACGGAGCGUGGAAAACAAACAGUAACACAAUCCGGGCAUUCGUAUUGUUUAUAUGUAAUCGAGAGAAAAAUUGUUACUAAAUACACAACAAGAAUAAAACUGUAUGUAUUUAUCAAUAAAUAAUAACAAUAGCGUUUAAAAAUGUGAAAUAAGAAAUCUGAAAAUGAAAUAAAUUAGAGCAUGGUUUUGGAAGAGCCAUACAACA